CUUCGGCCCCAAUCACAACAAGAAAUUUAAUUUUUAGGGACGACACCAUUAGGGACCACACGAAGUUUUAGGGACGACACUUGACAAUACGUGUCUUUGUCGUCGCUAAAGCCUCAUGUCGUCGCUAAUAAGGGCGUCGCUAAAGGGUUUGAUCGGCGAUCCGCGUGAAUGCCUCCGGAUCAAUUUUUGUCCCUACGAUUGCAUCCUGACCCAACGGAUGAGGUCGCAGAACCUGAUUACUUUCCAUUUGUCUCUCAUUUUUUCCGGCGACAAUCAGGAAGCAUUUUCCGGCGAAUUUCGGUGCAUCCCACUUCUUCCGCCGGAGGGAUUUGCAGCUUCUCAUCGGCGUUCCAGUUGCUCCACCGGCGACUAUCACCACCUCAGCUCGCCACCGUCUCCGACGAACUUCUCCACCGACGAAGGAGAUUUCUCUAAUCUCCGGCUUUUAGAACCACCACAUCAACGCCACUGUAUCCGCUGCCGCCUGUCUCCGACGACGACCACCGUCUCCGACGAACUUCUCCACCGGCUCCACUGUUUUCAGCUCUACAACCACAUGAUGUGGAUGUUAACGCUUUCUCCAAAACCCGACAUGGUGGUAUUAGCUAUUGAGAUGAUAGAGUGUGAAGAUGGUGAUGUAGGGAUCUUGGUAAACAGUGGUGAAUAUGGUUGA